GCAAGAAGAAAACGGGAAAGAGGUUUUUAUUCGGUCUUUGUUGUUUUGGUUUUUGGGAUGUGGCACCUGGACAGCAAAGCGCUUGGUCAUUUGUUUUCACGCGGGUAUUCGGCCUUAUAUAGACGCUUAGACUCUCAUUCUUCCGAAUGGCUUGUUGUUGUGAGCGAAUGUAAGUGAUAAACUGAACGUGUUGAGCUAAGAAGUAGUAGUCAGCGCUGCGGGUUAGCGUUAGCGACCGUUAGCCUUGCUGCUAGCUAGCUAGAGUAAAGCCUUCGCUAGGCAGCUGCUGUUAGCUGUUUGUUAAGGGUCGGGUUUAGCCAGUCAGUGGCUCUUUAUCGUAACUAUCUGGCGCACGAUGGAUGUCAAUUUAACAAUUUCUCUCAUGAGAGGGCAAAUGGGUGUUGUUAUUGAGAAGGCAGUGAACGCUGCGGUGGAGACGGUGCUGGGCGAGAUGAUCCGGGUCGUCAGUCUGAAAUUCGAGGAGUUUAGGAGGGAGAUGACGGCCAAAGAGAAAGAGAACGAGAACAUCAGGAAUAUGCUGGAGAUGUCCCGGUGUCAGAUGAAAACCAUGCGGAGAUAUUUGAACGCACUGACGGCUAGAGAAGACAGACAGGCUCUACAGAAUCACCGACCCGUGCUCGUUCAGUUCGAGCCAGGCAGAGCACGUAAUGUUCACCAGGCGAGAGACGUGGUGCCCCCGAGAAGGUGCUCCGCCAGUAACGUGUCGCCCUGUAUUGAAGUUCAGAAUCCUGUUCCGAAACCAGCUCGUAUCGCAGAGCCCACAUGGGAGAAACAGUUACCCGCACCAACAGCUCAAAACGUGAUUCAGGAACCUGUCCCAGCCGAGAGCUACACAAAUUCUGACAUUUACAGCGAGGACGUGCAUAGGCCGAAACUGCACAUGGGACCUGUGAAAGCAGAGAACUCAAGUGCCGCUGUGAUAGAAAGUGACGGUCUGGUGGCAGAAAGCAGUGAUCCUUUAUGGGGUCAGACGCCUCCAGCACAACAGGCUUCUUCAGAAGUGGAGCACACAGACACAAUGGACCCCAACCUCCCCCCUGUUGCCGAUAAUAGCGAGGUGUUUAACACAGCCACGGCAGCCUGUGGAGAGUCUCCUUUCAAGAUCAAACAGGAGGAAGGAGAGGUUGAAAUUGUCCAGGUGAAGGAGGAGCCAGUGGAAGCCGUCAACUCAGAAUGUGCUAGGACAGAGCUUUGUCAGCAGGCAGCGGAAGUAGGACCAGGCAUCUCCCUAGACCUGCCACUGAGCCAACAGUGUCCCCAGAUUUCAUGUCCUUCGAUCACUGAACCAAGCUUCAUGGGUGUGGACCCAAGCACAUAUGCUGAGUCUCAGCUGGCCAUGGCAAGUGGCCAGAGGCAGGUCCGUCCAUGGUGUAAGGACCUGAACCUGUAUGAGGAAUAUAAGCGCAAAAGGAUCGAAGUGCGUAAACGCAGCGAGACGCGGCGGCGAGAGCUGGAGCAGACGCUGCCUCAGGCACUGCUGGCCGACCUGGUAAAGGAGCGCAGGGAGAAGACGCGCCUUCGAGUGGCCCGCUGGCGAGCCAAGCGCAAGCUACAGGCCUGUCUGAUGUCGCAGGCGGCACAGUUAAAUGGAGCACCAGCACAGGGGCUGUUCACUCAGCGUGGCAGUCGGAGGCGAGGAGGGGCGACUGCACAGCAGGGGGGCUUUGCCCUGGGCAGACCUGGCACAUCUGAGACUGGAGCAUACACUCUACCACUGCAGAUAGGAACCAGUCCUUUACUGGCAGCACAGAGACUCAGUGUGGCCGAGGGUCAGAUGCAGCCUGGAUCUGCUAUGUUCCAACAGCAUAGAACUCCCGCAGCUGGCUCCGAGAUGUUUCAGUGAUAGGACUAUUAUGAUCAGGAAGUUUAAGGAGCUCAGGUUUGGUUUGGGGACUGUGAUACAGAAUGACAAUAUUAAUUUAUUACACAGAGUUUGCAGUGUACGAAAAGAAGGACUUUUCACAAGAGGGACUCUUCCCAAGAUGGUGGUUAGAACUUAAUAUUGUCUUCUAAGGGGGCACCCAUUUUUUAGAGAACACAUUUAACCAUCAUACCACUGGGGUGAUGGGAGGUUUGAUGUUUAUGAUUACUGUACUUCACAGAGUGACCAUGAGGCUAUUUACAUUUCUUAUUUCAUCACCUGUCCAGAGACUAUCCAGAUAAAAUGUUUCCACAUUCCUUUUACACUUGGCACAUAAAUAUGGUUGUGUUAGAUAUAUACAGAUCUAAUUUGCAUGAGUGCUGCUCUUCCCACAUUACAUGCAAAUCCAAGAAAUUGUCUUCUGGAAUCAUUUGAGAUCGCACGAGGCCGUUUGCAGCUUUCAUUUUUUUCAAUCAUGUCUAAUUUCAGUAACAAAAGACCUCCAUGUACAGUAUGACCAGAUAGCAAUCUGUCUCCAAAGUGUCUUAGUAGCGUUUACACUUGACUUUUAUAGAUAGCUGUCUGAUCAGCCCAAGACACAUAGAGCCUCCUUACACUUAUUACUUGCAUUAACAUGUGUUUAGUGUCCGGAUCGUAUCUGGAUACACUUUGGCCGGAUUGCAUUUAGACUUUUUAUUAAAAUGCAUCCCCAGGUUGACCAGAUUUUUGAUCUGAUUUAUUUUCUCCUAAUAAGAAGCCCAUCACCACGUGCAUUGUUUUUGAAUGUUGAUGCAAGUGCAUGUUGCAAGUGCGAGGUGUGAACAGACCUAUGAAGUGGCUAAGCGUAAAUGGGCUCCAUACUGUCUUUGUUGCGAGUUUAGCAUCCUCCUCCAAACGCGCUGCCGUGUUUGCCAGUAAAGCAUUACUAAAAGUUUGAGAUGCGGUGGCACACAGCACAGCGGCAGCAGAGGAAACAUCUGUGGCCCUCAAGCUGCUAAUACAACCAUAGCAAUAAAAUCAGAAAAUGACAGGGACUGGAUCUGUUAAUACUCAUUGACUGUUUUUGUUAUUGACUGUGUAUUUAAUAACAGUAGUAGACAUCAGGCAACAUUGUCAGAAAAGAAAUGUAGAUUAGUGUGUUACGAGAUCAUUUCUAAGUUUCCUUCAGAACUUUUUACUGAAAACACUAUAAAUGUCUCAUUCUUUAUAACAAAUGUCAUUUGCUGUGCUUCUUGAAUAUCUUUCACUGAACUGGUACACAGGAAAAUGAUUAAUAAAAAAAGUUCCCAGA